GCGUCAAAUCGUCCUACUGAGGUAUUAGCCGAUGAAUCGGUGUUAGCCUUGCCGUUUUAUUUCCCACUUUGCUGUAAUCUCAUCUGUAUGACAGUUAAGUAGUCGAGGCUGUCAUAAAACAGCAGGGUCAGGGGACAUGGGGGAAAUGGUUGCUGAUUGAUUCCACGGUUUUUAAAGUGAAAAAGCCUAUGUUUGUGCUUGGUGGUCAACGCACCUGGGAAGGGAAGUGGCACCUGUCAGUGGAACAUGUACCGUUAUUCGGUUUGAUAAGCUAUAGAGCAGACAACGGAGUAUAAUUCAAAUGCGUUUAAUGCUAUUAGAAAUGUUUUGACUACCACGAUAAUGAUGGAAUUUGAGGAAAGCCUGUCCAGUUCGUGCGGGGAUGGGGUACCUCUACAUGCCCGUCCACCGCACCCACCGUAUCGGGUUAAUGUCCAGAAGAGUAACGUAUGCUCUCGAGCGUAUUUUGUGGUAGUAAUGGUCUUCUUCCAUUUGUACAUAAUCAACGUCAUUGCUCUACUCCUGUACGUACACUACAACACUGGAAACGGAGAAGUUAGAUCAGUAGAGGAAUCUGCCUCGGAACCUAGCAGCAACAUUCAUCAUCCUCCCUCUGAUUCUCAUCCCUUUCGUCCUCCUGCCGAUUCAGAACUGAACCUUGGACAGUCAUAUCGUCUUCCGCGCUUAGAGGGAAUUAGGGUGGGCCAUGUUCAGAGGGUAUCUCUGGUAGAUGAUAGAGCCCAUGAAAUGCGGACUCUAAGUCUGAAGCCCCUUCUGUUUGAGAUCCCGGCCUUCCUGUCUGUGGAGGAGAGCAGCGUGGUGAUGCAGCUGGCCCAGCUGAAGGGCCUGGCGCAGAGCUUGCCCGUGGGGACCAACGACGGACCAGAGGACCAACUCAGCCACGAGGAGCUGUUCAGUCUGCUGGACCUCAACCAGGACGGCCUGCUCCAGAGAGAGGAGAUUCUGAGUCUGUCACACUCUCAUGACGCAUCCUGGCUCAGUGCGCACAACCUCCGGGAAAUCCACUCUGGCCUAGAGAGCAACCCAACUGGUGUUUUGUCUCUGCAGGAGUUCAGGCUUGUGAGUGGUGGUGUGUUUAAGAGAGAUGAAGCUGGAGGGUCAGACUGGGACAAGUGGACUCAGCGCCGGCACAAGAGCACACACACACGCCUGCACCUCGGCCACGGAGCACACCGCACACUACAGAACAUCAGGACCAGGGUGACUCGUCUCUCUCGCCUGCCCUCGUCAUUGGUGGAGCUCAGCGAGCCUCUGGAGGUGGUGCGCUAUGAGCAAGGUGGCUAUAGCCACGUCCACUACGACAGCAGCUCCACCCGGGCUGAUGCCAGCUGUGCACACACUCACCUGGCGGCAAACAUCUCAACACCCAACCAGAUCCCCUGCAGGUACAUGACUGUGUUGCUGUACCUCAACACUGUGGAGGGUGGGGGUGAAAGCAGCUUCCCCGUGGCAGACAACAGGACCUAUGAGGAGGAGGCGCUGGGAGAUCUCACACAACAGUACUGUGACAAGGGCAAUCUGAAAGUGAAACCAGCUGCCGGGACAGCACUUCUCUUGUACAAUCAUCUGUCUGAUGGCUACGGGUGGAUGGGGGAGCUGGAUGAGUACUCUCUGCAUGGAGACUGUGCAGUGACCCGUGGCUCAAAGUGGGUCGGCAGCGUUUGGGUCAACGUCGACCCGGACCAGCAGCGCCAGGCACACUACCAGCGCCUGGUUUCCUGGCAACCAGAGAGCACACCCCCUCGUUCCACUCACACCGACCUCCACCAGGAUUUGUGAUGGCUACAGAUUGGUCCCGUCAUCGGGAGGGUCAACCGGACUCAUCCCAUGGUCAGGGUUUUUAAUUAUUUAUUUAUUCUAUCUGGUACAUAAGGGACGCUGGCCAGAUGGAAGUGUUUUACAAGUUAAAGGUGUGUGUGUUUCACUCAAUCGUUUACAGUUUGUUUAUCACAUGAGUAUGCAGUUUGUUCACUGGUUUACCUCCGCCAAGGAGGUAUAUGUUUUGUUUAUUUAAUUGAUUUGUUCACGGGUUUAUUUAUUUGUAUUUUGUUUGAUGUGUAUUUAUUGUUCCGAUUGUUUAUGAAUAUAUAAGAAACAUUGUUUAUGGAAAGAAUUACAUUUAUCGUUAUUAAAUUAUUAUUGUCAAACAGACGUUCUAAUUAAACUGUUAUUUAUUCUGGG